AUGGACAUGGCUUUUAAGCGCCGUCUUCUCAUGAACGCGUACAUCGAAGAGCAUAUCAAGCGCCAUGGGCGCAGACUGGAUCAUGAAGAAAGAGUGCGAAAACGUGAAGCUCGAGCACCUAAGAAAGCUUCCAUCAAAGCACAAACCACUUUCGGCAUAAAAGCCAAGAUUCUUCAUGCCAAACGUCACGCCGAAAAGGUUCAGCUCAAAAAAACUCUCAAAGCUCACGACGAACGAAACAUCAAACAAGCGGACGAAUCUGCUCUCCCAGAUGGCGCCUUACCUACUUACCUUCUUGAUCGAGAAGGCCAAAAGAUGCCAGAGCACUCUCAACAGCCAUCAAGCAAAAACGAAAGGAGAAAGCUGCCAAUUCGAGGCAUUGCGGAAGAUGAAAUAUUCAAAGUCAUCAAGACUGGCAAAAGGAAAGCGAAAGCAUGGAAGCGAAUGAUUACAAAAGUCACCUUUGUCGGAGAGAACUUCACACGAAAACCUGUGAAGAUGGAACGAUUUAUUCGGCCUAUGGCUUUACGGUUCAAGAAAGCUAAUGUUACUCAUCCUGAGCUCAAGGCGACAUUCCAACUGCCAAUUAUAAAUGUGAAAAAGAACCCACAGUCGCCGAUGUACACGCAACUUGGUGUCAUGACGAAGGGGACUGUCAUUGAAGUAAAUGUUUCUGAGUUAGGAAUGGUCACAACGGGCGGGAAGGCCGUUUGGGGCAAAUAUGCCCAAGUUACAAACAACCCAGAAAAUGACGGGUGCAUAAAUGCUGUUUUGUCCUAA